UGAUUUGGCCGCUUCGGGAAUUUCGCAUGCUCCCCCGUGAAGGCUUGUCCAGUGAAUUCAAGGACCCUCGGAGACAUGACUCGAAGAUUGGCAUAUGCAGUCUUUUAUCAGGUGAAUGGCGAGUUUAUGAUCGGCAGCUGCUGGUAUAGGAGCCUCUAUUAACGAGAUCGAUGACGACGCAUUCACCCCGCUUGCCACGAUUUCAGGACGAGAACCCCAGAUCUCGAUAAAAUUAUGAUCCACGUUUUGCAACUCAUAAUGUGCCCCGGAGCAUGGCUUUUAUCCGCCGAUACCUCUGGUUGUGGUCGCUGCUUCUGACUGCUUUCUUCUUUUUCCUUCUCCGGUCUCUUCCUGUCCGUAGCCCCUGGCCUUCCAUAAAGGUUUUCAAUCCAGCCAUUUAUCUACAAUGCACGAGGCAGUGGAAGCCGACUGAUGACACUGCUCCAUUUGCCCAUGAGCCGGUAGGGAUAGGAACACUCCGCGAUGUCAGAGAGGGGAACUUCUACCGGGGAGGAGUUUCCACGAUAGAAUUAUUGAACGGAUCGUCGCAUCUUCCCGCGAUUUACGACCCUUAUCCAGAUUAUAAUGGAGAGCAAGGGGGAUUCAAAGCCUGCUAUGGACCACGAGGAACCAUCUUAAAUCGGCGGGACCCUGAAGAUAUGGUUCUGACCUACCCUGGUCUGCAGGAAGGCUUUCCGUUCCCAAAGUACGGUUCGUACGAAGCUCUCAAACUGGACGGUUGCACCUGCGCAACCCGAACCUCUCGCUUCGGAGCAUAUGGUUACAUGGAGUCGGGACCGGGCAGCUCUAGUAGUGCCGCAAAUCAGGUCUCUUGGGAAGAUGUCAACUGGAAGUCGCUCCAGGCGCAGUGCCUUGAGAGGAACAGUGGCAGGUAUAGAAACCAAGAUAGUGGUUGGGAUGGCCUGCUGCCGUUGCAAUAUGAAACCGUUCAACUCAACCAGAAGCGCAACUCACCAGGGUCUCAGACACGGUCAGCUGUUGUACUUCGAGCAUGGCAUGAUAUGAAGUGGACUGAUAAUAUGAAACAUCACGUUCGGUCCCUCAUAAUGGAGCUUUCGUUGCACUCUGGCGCGGAAUAUGAGGUGUUCCUCUUGACUCACGUCAAGGACAACGAUGUCCCGCUAUACGGCCCUGAUGAGGGUGAAAAUGUCCAGAAGCUAAAGGAAAUGUAUAUUCCCAGAGAGUUCUGGGGUAUAACAAUAUUCUUCAAUGAGCAGACGCUGGAGUCGUGGUAUCCUAUGGUGGACGAGCAUAAACCCCUACAUCAACACUUGCAGCCCAUGCAGAUAUUCUCGGUUGCAUUCCCCGAGUUCGACUACUACUGGCAAUUAGAAAUGGACGCGCGUUUCACCGGCCAUGCGUACCAUUUCCUUCAACGGGCAAGCGAGUUUGCAAAACAACAGCCUAGAAAGUAUCUAUGGGAGCGGAAUGCAUACUUUUAUAUACCCGGUGCGCAUGGAAGUUGGACAGAUUUUCUCGCUAAAGUCGACAAGUCAAUGGAGGGUAAAGCCAGUAUUUGGGGUCCUGCUCGCCCAGAGUCUCUGCCAUGGCUAGACCCCGUUGGACCUCAUCCCCCUAUGAAAUUUGUUCAGGACAAUUACGAAUGGGGGACUGGCGAAGAGGCAGAUCUGAUUACCUUUCUCCCAAUAUUCGACCCGUCCGACACGACCUGGGUGUUCUCGGACAUGGUCUGGAAUCUGCCUGAAAAUAUACCGCGGCGUGCGUCUCCGGUUACCAUGGGCCGAUUCUCCGGUCUCCUACUGCGUUCUAUCCACGAUGCACAAGCGGAUCAGGGGUUCGCAUUGGUGUCGGAGAUGACGGCCGCGUCAUUCGCACUAUGGCACGGUCUGAAAGCCGUCCACGUCCCCCAUCCAUUAUAUGCAGAUGGCAAAUGGACGCCGAAAGAGUUGGCGAGGAUUGUAAAUCAUGGUCCCCCGGAGAGAAUUAAUGGCGGACCUGAUAGUCUCUGGAACUGGGACCAUGAAUUCGACCAUAUCUUGUAUCGAAUGACGUAUAUGUUCACUGCCCAGACUCCCGAGGACCUUUACCGGCGAUGGUUGGGCUACGAAAUAGAUGCCAAUCAAUACACCGAUGGCAGUUAUCAUCAGGACCCCCAAGGACGGAAUUGGUUUGAUAGUGGCGAUUUGCGCGAGGAUUUAUAUGGUCCGCUGUGCUUUCCUUUUAUGCUUCUGCAUCCCGUCAAGAACACGGCGCGGGUGAAAGGAGCGGACAUGGCUGUUCCUGUGUGAUGCUUCAUAACCUUCAUAAUUCAAAGAGAUGCAUAAAGAUCAUAACUAUC